GACGUCGGCCUCCUGCUGGAGGGCGCGCUGGUCGCCCUGCGCCACGCCGCGGCCACGGGCGCGGCGGCCGAGGAGCAGCUGGCCGAGGUGGCCGACCUCGAUCAGCAGUUGAGCUCGCUACUGAGCGUCCACGCCAAGGAGCCGCUCUUCUUCUGGCACGGGCCCAAGUGGGCCCUGCUGUCGCGGGUGUGGCACCUCUUCGACGGUGCUGGCGCAGGAGCUGGGCUGCGCGGCCAGCUGGAGGGGCUCGCUUCAGCCCAGCCGCUCGACUCCGCCGGCGAGAACAGCGCCCUGGUGUCGGAGUUGGCUGGCCCCGUCGGGGCGGCGGGCGCCGGGACGCCCCCGCGCGGCGUGCUGCCGCUGGUGGGCGUGAUCGCCGACGACGCGGGGUGCGGGCGGCCACGCCCAUGCACGCUGACCAGCGAGCACUUGAAGGCCGCGGCUGCUUACGACGCGGAUGCCGGAGCCGCACACGUUCUGGUGCUUGCCAGCAAGAACAUGGCCCUGAGGAGAGUCGGCGCGUUGAUCGGCGCCGACAGCAGCUACAAGGUGUCACUGCAGAUCCCUGUCCCAGAGGCAAAGGGCGACGCCGGGAAGCAGCUCGAGGUGGCCCUCGUGGAGGCCCUGACGGCCCUCGGCCGCAAGGAGGUAGAUUUGCUUUGGCUGCCGUACAAGAUGUUCACGAAGCAGGUGUGGACGUCCGUAUCAAGUUUCCUCAGCAAGGCGAUUGAGCAGGGCACCGUCCGCGGCUACGGCGUGCACGCGGAGGCCCGCACCAAAGUCCUGGCGCGGAAGCUGCUGGACAGGCGGCCCGCGCCCGCGGCGUGGCUGGCGCCUCAUAGCCUGCCGCGGCCGCUGGAGCCGGAGGCCGUCGACGUGGCCCGCGAGCUGGGCGUGCAGGUCGUGGCGAUGCCCCGGCUCCCUGGCACGCCCGGCGCCGGGGCGAGGGCGUAUUUGGAGGUCCUCGCGGGCACGGACGCCGCCAAACAGGAGGCCACGCAGCACCUGUGGACCCUGCAGCGGGCCUCCGCGAUCGCGGUCAAACUUCAUCCCGCGGCUCCAGAGCAGCAGCUGGACGCCCUCCGCCUGCUGCCCACGACGCGCCUCGACGCGGCUGGCGUCCGGCUCCUCGACGCCCUGCACGGGUUCUCGCGUCCGGAGCAGCCCAAGCCCGACGGCGCCCCCGGCGCGGAGCGGAAGGGCGGCGAGGAGGCGCCGCUGGAGCGCGCGGCCGCGCGCGCCCGCGCGGAGGCCCGGCGGGCGGUGGCGGCCAGCCCGCGCCGGGGCAUGCCGGCAUCCGGAGGCCCGAGCACCGGCGGGGUCACGCCUAGCGUGAGCGCCGCCACGCUGAAGGGGAUGCCCGGGCAGCAAAGGACCUACAAGGAAAAUAACCACGUCAUAUACAGGGAGGACUUCUUCGACGCGGAGACGUUCGCGGCCAUGAAGGCCGAGGUGCAGCGCUUGUGGCGGUCGCGGGACCUGGAGCCGAACUGUAACCUGGAUGGCCGGAACCGGUUGGGCGGCUACGUACUUGACAUCAAUCCCCAGGACACCAGCUUGUAUAGGUUGAUCUACGGCAACGAGGCCUUCCGCCGAUGGGUGACCGAUGUCAACAACGAGGAUCCCGAUUGGCGACAUGUGGCCGUCGGACUUCCCCAUCGAGGUCCGCGAGUAUGGGCUGGAGAGCAAAGGCAUGGGAUGCCACCCGGACCUCCAGAUGUACGCGGUCGACAAGAAAGAUUUGGAGGAUUUGCCUUCACGAUCGAGAACGACUCCAAGUGCAACGUCACCUACUGGGACGCAUCCAACAAGUUGCACGAGGUCCAGACGCGCGCCAACUCGCUGAUGAUGGUGCGGGCGAACGCCGCGAGACAUUGCGUGUCGCCCACCGUGGAGGGCACCAGAACGAUCGUGAAGUUCAUAUUCGUUGGGGACUACCGCAAGUCCAAGGAGUUUUGGCACUACACGGACAACCGGUGCACCGAGGACAACCCCAACGUUGCCGCCGUCCGUGCCCGGCGCGAGUCGGCUGGCCACCCGGAGCUCUGA